AUGGCACCUCGACGCAACGUAGUCAAGAAGGGUCUACACUUUACCGUUGCCGUAUGCGGUGAGUCCAGACCCAGUACUAGGCCGGAUGCGGUUGAUCGAUGGCACGGGACGACACGCGCCGUGUUGCUCGCUGGCCACGUCCUCGGUCGAGCUCGACCCACUUGCACCGUGCUUGAGACCGCAUCCAAUCUGCGCGGGACGAGAAAUCACCCUAUGAACCUGGGAUCUACCGGCUUGAAGAAAUGAUGUACUGAUGCAUGUCAUCUCUUCCUCCCCUCGUGUCCCACUCGCUCUCGCUCUCGCUCUCGCUCGACUCGUUCUCCGACCUGCGCUCGACCGGACGUGCUGCUGCAGGACAAUCGGGCACCGGCCGCACCACCUUCGUCAACACGCUGUGUGAAUCAGCUGUCCUUGCCCACAAGGAAGAACUCAGUCCCGAGUUGGCCCACCAGGAGGACGGUAUCCGAAUCAAGCCCUUCAACGUUGGUCAGUCCGAGUGGUCGUCCACCGCCCCCCACCGGUCACACUCUCCCCUCUGCCUCCGCUGACACUUGCUGGUCGGGCCGUCCUGCGAACCUGACCCUGACAGAGCUUGAGGAGGACGGACUUCGUAUCUUCUUGACCAUCGUCGACACCCCCGGCUUCGGUGACCAGAUCAACAACGAGCUCACGUCAGUUAUCACAUCGCAUCGUCAACGAGCACGCACCGACCAACGCAAGAGAGAUCUGGGGGGAAAUGCUCAUCUCUCCUCCUUCUUCGCCGUUUUACAGAUUUCAAGAGAUUGUCGGCUAUCUCGAACGCCAGUACGAUGACAUCUUGGCCGAGGAGAGUCGCAUCAAGCGUAACCCGCGCUUCCGCGACCACCGAGUCCACGCGCUGCUCUACUUCAUCACCCCGACCGGUCACUCGUGAGUCAGAUGAGAGCCGUCGUACACACGCCUACGACGAAUGGGGUAAUAACUUGUGGAAGGUUGCAUCUUUGUUCACAGUCUCCGAGAGCUCGACAUUGAGCUGAUGCGACGCCUCUCGCCGCGAGUCAACGUCAUUCCCGUGAUCGGCAAAUCCGACUCACUCACGCCGACAGAGCUCUUGGCCUUCAAGAAGCGCGUCAUGGAGGACAUUGAGCACUACAACAUCGCCAUCUACAACUUCCCUUACGACCCCGAAGAAGACGAUGAGGAGACGAUCGCUGACAACAGCGAACUACGAGUGCGUUCACUUACCUCUCUACACGCAUCUUGUGGGCUGCUGAUUCGAACAUGUGCAACCUCCACCCUCCAGGCCCUCUUACCCUUUGCCAUUGUCGGUGCCGAGGAGGAGAUUGAGAUCAACGGCCAGAUGGUACGAGCGCGCCGGUACCCGUGGGGUGUGGUCGAGGUCGACAACCCGAAGCACAGCGACUUUGGCCGCCUGCGCUCGGCUCUGCUGAACACCCACUUGACCGACCUCAAGGAGAUCACCGAGGACUUCCUAUACGAGAACUGUGAGUUUUAUCUUAAGGUGGUGGUGUAUGAACGUCGUGUUUGAAUUUUCCUGACGUUGGCGUCCCACCUGCGUUCUUGACAGACCGAUCCGAGAAGCUGUCAAGAAGCGUCCAGGGUUCCGAGGGCUACGCCGCCGACAGCUCGAUCCUUCCGGAAGACAUGGCCAACCAAUCCGUGCGCCUGAAGGAGGAGCAGCUCCGUCGCGAAGGUCAGUAUUAUCCUUUCUUCGCUUGUGCGCAAGGAUCACCACUGACCAUGCUUGCAUCGCCUGCCCAGAGGAGAAGUUGCGCGAGACCGAGAUCAAAUCUCAACGCGAGAUCAGCGAAAAGCGACAAGAGCUGUUGGCCAAGGAAGAGUCGUUGCGCAACCUCGAAUCGCGGCUCGCACAAGCGCAGGCCAUGUCACCCGAUCCGUCGACUCCGAACGGUCACUAG